ACAAGAAGUGGAGCACGGCGGUCUCUUCCGGUUUGAGCUCGCAGUGUUGUUGGAGUGCUGCUGUGGCUGUCGCUGGGAGGCAGGAAAAUGACUUGUUGGUUAAGGAAAGAGACUCUGGUGCUGGCCAGUGACUACAUCGACUUCUGCACCGGGGUCCAGCGGGCGCCUCCCAGCGAGUCGGCGGAGAUCAUGCGCCGUUUGGCGAAGGAGCUGGAGCUCCAGUACAGGUCCCAGUUCCUGUCCAUGUCACACACGUUCCUUUCAACGUGUGGCUCAAACCCAGAGCCGAACGCCUGCCUGCACAGCGUCAUGACCAUGCUGGUGGACGACGGGAAGCUGAACUGGGGACGCAUCGUCUCGCUGUUUGCGUUCACAGGUGUCGUCGCGACGGAGAUGUUCUCCAGAGAAGACGGAGUGGAGAGCUGCAGGAGGCUCGCCGAGACCAUCGCGGAUUACCUCGGGGGAGAGAAGAGCGACUGGCUGCUGGAGAACGGAGGAUGGGACGGCUUCUGUAAGUUCUUCCGCAGCGCCGCUCACGUCAGACAGGACUCGUCCAUGAAGACGGCGCUGUUCGCAGCGGCAGGUGUCGGCUUAGCAGGACUGACCUUCCUCCUGGUGCGCUGAGCCCCGCUCCUGCCCCGCCCUGUGUCCUGCUUUUCUGUUCAUUUCAGUUUUAAACUCCGAGGGGAAACUUCCCUGGACUGUUCCUCCAUCAUCACGUCUGAUGUUCACAACUCUUCAGAAACCACAUGUUUGGGUUUGUUUUUUUAAACGUCACAUGGUGCAGCUUUUAUUUUUGUAGCGAUUGCUCCAUGAGGGGCGUGUCCUCGUUUGGGUUAGAUAACUUUAAUUUGAUUUUGUUCUUCAGGAGGUCUGACUGUGUCAAGUGGCGAACGCCAGUCAGUCUGUUUAUACGACAAUCUUCAGCAGCGUCUCGUGUGUGUGUGUGUGUGUUUACAGAUUACUUUGUCUUGUGUGCAGUUUUUUCCUCUUCUCUCCCUCCCUCCCAAAAAGAAAUGGGGGGGAGGGGGGGUUAACGAUUAAGGUGCUAGGUUCAAUCAUUUGCAACUCUCUUCUCCUCCCCCCACUUUAGAUAUUUAAAAAAUAUUGGCCGGGUUUUUUCAUGGUUUAUCAGAUAUAUUCCAUUCAUGAGGCGAGGAGGAGUCGCUGAAUAGAACAUCUGAUAGACCACAAAAAAAGCCGGCCAUUCAUUCCUUCCAGGUGUUCAGCGUGUCUUCUCAUUCAGCAUUCUCUCAAUCUUCCAGAUUUAAAGAAGGAAAUUGGGUAGAGUGCCGUAAUAAACGUAGGACAAGUGAUAUAACAAUAUUGCAUGCUGUCAAACCAAAUGAAUGAAACCAGCUAUAAGGGACUAGAACAUGUUAUUCCAUCUAAAAAGUUUCCUCUGUGUGUAAUUUUAUUUAUUUUACCAUCAGAACAAAAAUUGUAAUUUUUUGAUAAUUUCCCUAUUUAGAUAAAUUUGUAUUUUUGUUAUUUAUUUAACACUUUUUUUCUUAAUAAAAGUUUGCUCUCAUUAAUCUGUGUGUUGCUUUAGAAACGAUUCUGAACCCAAAUUAGCCGAAGCGUUGCGACCUUUAAAGUUUCUAAUCUGAAUUUCUUCUGAAAAGGGAAUUUCAGCCAAAACAAACCACACGAGUUGAGAAUGACCCCGUGCUCUUUAGAGCUCAUGUUCAUCUACAGUUACUGAAAUAAAAGCCCCGAGCACUUCACUCUUUAUUUAUUUUAUACAUUUCCUUGUUUUGUUUCCCUCCCAUAGCUUCAACACACUUCAAAAUGUAUUUUAUUAAUCUAAUACGGGGAAAUCCCAGUGUUCCAGCAGCAGACAAGAGUGUUAAAGCAAAUUAAAGUGUGUGUGUGUGUGUGUGUGUGUGUGUGUGUGUGUCCCCACCCUGUGUAAAGAUUAGUUAAGAAUGGUUGGUUAGAAAAAAAAAAUCCACCUUUUGAAGUCAUUUCAUCUCACGCUGGAAAAAAGAGGAGAAUCCAAACCUUUAAUUUGGAGAAAAACAAAUCGGGGAAUAAUUUAAUAAAAUCAUGUGGCACUAUUAUUGGCACCCCUGUGUUUAAUACUUAAAAAGGAUAUUUUUCCUUUUUAUUAUUUUUAACAUGGGAUCACUCCGUUCAUCACUUUGGGGGGGAAAACUUGUUGAUUCUGGUGUUUGAGGAUCUCAGGCUGAGGAACUACAGAAUCAUCUUCCAGUGCAGGUAACCUGAUGAAGGGUCUUCAUGGUGUUUAAUAGACCGUGUGAGGACUCGUGCAGUAUCACAUGGCCUGAAGGUUAGAGAAACAGCCUUGGGCCCAAAGGGUUGCCGGUUUGAUUCCCAGACUCGGCAGGAGAACUGUGAAGGGAGUUGAGUGAAUCUUUCCCCUCCCUCUGGAUCAUGGCUGAAGUGCCCUUGAGCAAGGCACCGAACCCCCAACUGCUCCCCGGCCGCUGUCGCAUCGCUGCCCACUGCUCUGGGUUAAAUGCAGAGGAGGAGUUUCACUGUGCUUGAGUACAUGUGAUAAAUAAAGGCUGCUGCUUCUUCGUUGGAGGGGUGUGGUCAUUAAAAAUGACUCCCACAUCAUUAUUGUGCUGGAAGUUGAAAUGUUUCUUCAGCUACCAGAUGCCUGCAGGGUUUGGUCCAGAACAGAUUGGUCAAUGAUUCCCUUUAUCCUGACUACAGCCCAGUUCCAGCUGAAGAGAAGAGAAGCAGCUCUAUAGUGUGAUGCUGCCACCACCAUGCUUCACUACCAGUGAUGAGCUCUUUUUUUUUUUUUUUUGCUCCAACCAUUCAGUGUCUGUAAAGUUAUGUCCAAAAAGUUCCUU